UCGCCGAGGCCUCCUAGCAGCCAAUGUGAAUGCGACAAGUCCCCGACAGGCGCCCUGCUCUCCCCGGCCCAGCUCGCCAGGUCCUACCACGAUGCCUGACUCGUUUGCGGCUUUGGGACCGGUUGUAGGGGGCUUGACCGUCACUAGUAGACGUUUCUGAUUGUGUCGCGGUCACCAUGGGGAGGUUCCCUGCUCAAGCUCUCUUCUCUUGUCUGCCGCCAUGUGAGACGUGCCUUUGACCUUCUGCCAUGAUUGUGAGGCCUCCCCAGCCACGUGAAACUAAUUCUGAACGGACAGUGAAUCUAUUACUGAGGAAAACCAGAGGAAGCCUGUGUAGAUAGGUAUCAAUUAGAUACCAGCUACUGGAAGAGCUUUCUCAGAGACUGAUUUAAAAAUUCUCCACUAGAUAUGGCUGCAAAUUGCACAUCCUCAUGGCGUCAGAGAGAACCCUGCAACAGACCUGGGUUGGAGCUGCCACGGUCUAUGGCAUCCUCAGAAACUGAACUUGGAAAUCACGACGUGGACCCUGAGAUUUCUCACGUGAACUUCAGGAUGUUCACCUGCCCGAAGGAGUCGGACCCCAUCCAGGCUCUGAGGAAACUCACUGAGCUGUGCCAUCUGUGGCUGAGGCCCGACCUCCACACCAAAGAGCAGAUCCUGGACAUGCUGGUGAUGGAGCAGUUCAUGAUCUCCAUGCCCCAGGAGCUCCAGGUCUUAGUCAUGAUGAACGGCGUGCAGAGCUGCAAAGACCUGGAGGACCUGCUGCGAAAUAACAGAAGACCCAAGAAAUGGUCUGUAGUCACCUUCCACGGAAAGGAAUAUAUUGUACAGGACUCAGAUGUUGAGACGGCUGACGCCCCAGCCAGCGUCAGGGAUGAUCCAAGAGACGUGUCCAGCCAGCGGGCCUCCUCUGUGAACCAGAUGCGUCCGGGGGAAGGCCAGGCCCGCCGAGAGCUGCAGACCCUGCCCAGGGUCCCUGCACUGUUCAGGAGGCAGGGAGAGGACCAUCUGCUACACAAGAGUAUUGACAUAAAAGGUGACCCAAAGUCUCCAGGACCCAAGCCGACCUUGGAGAAGGAUCUGAAGGAAAACAGGGAAGAGAACCCAGGACUUACAUCCCCAGAGCCUCAGCUUCCAAAGUGUCCCACAGAUCUGGUGAGAGCAAAGGAGGGGAAGGAACCCCCAAAAAGAGCCUCUGUGGAAAAUGUGGAUGCCGACACACCUUCUGCCUGCGUUGUGGAGAGAGAAGCUUCGACUCACAGCGGGAACAGAGGAGACGCUCCGAAUCUCAGAGGUCCCAAAAGAAGCAAACGGGACGCCUCCUCCAUUUCCCAAGAAGAACCUCAAGGAGAAGCCACACCUGUGGGCAACAGAGAAUCCCCAGGACAAGUUGGGAUGAAUUCAAUUCAUUCCCCAGGCCCUGCCAGCCCAGUCAGUCACCCUGAUGGCCAAGAAGCCAAGGCACUGCCGCCCUUUGCAUGUGACGUGUGCGAUAAGAGGUUUACGUGUAAUUCCAAGCUAGUCAUCCACAAGAGAUCACACACAGGAGAGAGACUGUUUCAGUGUAAUCUCUGUGGGAAGCGUUUUAUGCAGCUCAUUAGCCUCCAAUUUCACCAGCGAACCCACACCGGCGAGAGGCCCUACACGUGUGACGUCUGCCAGAAGCAGUUCACCCAGAAGUCCUACCUGAAGUGUCACAAGAGAAGCCACACAGGGGAGAAGCCCUUCGAAUGUAAAGACUGCAAGAAAGUUUUCACCUACAGGGGGAGCCUGAAGGAGCACCAGCGCACCCACUCCGGAGAGAAACCCUAUAAAUGUUCCAAGUGUCCAAGAGCCUUCGGUCGGCUGAAGUUGUUAAGACGCCACCAGAAAACACAUCCAGAAGCCACUUCUCAGUGAUGGCAUAAUCCGGUCUAUGCCUUCUGCACCAAGAAGAAGUGAGUGAUGAUUUUUCACUGAUGUUACCAGAUGACAUUUGACACGUGCAAGGGCGCCUGGCACACAGAGGGAGUGCCCUAGAUAUGAAUUGCCAUGAUGUUUGAGCAAAUAUGUAUCCUCCCCACUGAGCUCUUUGUUUUCUGUUUCAUUAUGUCCAUUGUUUUCUUAUAGGUUUAUUUUGGUUUGUGUUGCUGUUCCUUCAAUAAACGGUCAUCUUAUUAGUUUUCAAUAUUGU